AGCCGCACCAGAUCUACACAACAUAUGUAUCACCGCUGGAAAGUGUUUGCAGCACAUCCAGCAGUACUGAAGUUAGCUGGGCAGGGCACAGAGCUCAACUAACGUAGCAACACAGUCAUUUCCUGUCAUACAUAACUUCAUAACUAAAUAUAAAUGCAGCUGUGGAAAUAUCUCAACCUGGCCUUCAGCUGAGGACGCUUCUCGAGGUAUCCCGAGUUCAGCAUGGCAGGCUGUGGAGAAGUGGACCUCUCAGCAAACGCCCUGCGACCCUCCAAGCUCAUAGAGGAAGUGGGAGAUGCUGCCUCCACCAGCACUACCCCGGAGUGUGCCAUCUGCCUGCAGAGCUGCGUCCAUCCUGUACGCCUCCCGUGCUGCCAUGUCUUCUGCUUCCUGUGCGUGAAAGGUGCCUCCUGGCAUAGCAAGCGCUGUGCUCUCUGCCGACAGGAAAUCCCUGAGGACUUCCUGGAGCGGCCUGUUCUCCUGUCACCUGAAGAACUGAAGGCAGCGGCUUCUGGGUUGAGCCGAAGCGGAGGAGUAGGAGGUGAAUCCUGUGGAGACUAUGCAUGGUACUAUGAAGGACGCAACGGUUGGUGGCAGUACGAUGAGAGGACAAGCCGAGAGCUAGAGGAGGCCUUUGCCAAGGGCAGAAAGAGCACAGAGAUGCUGAUUGCGGGGUUUCUUUAUGUGGCUGAUCUGGAAAACAUGGUCCAAUACCGCAGAAAUGAGCAUGGUCGCAGGCGCAAGAUAAAGAGGGACAUUCUAGAUAUUCCUAAAAAGGGGGUGGCGGGAUUAAGGUUAGACCCUGAACCUACCCCUGUUCCUGCUUUACCUGUCAUUGCUCCGGCAGCAACAGAGCGUGUCAGCUCAGCUGAUGGAUCGGACUCUGCUGGCCAAUCGCAGUCUUCCUUUCCUGUUAUUGUGUCUUGUCCCCCUGUUAGACCUCAAACACUCCUGGGGCGUCAUCAUCUCACCAGUCCUCUGUCUCUGUCACCUUCGACCCUGGAGGCAUCUUUUUCUCAGCUUCUAAUCAGCCAGCCUGAGGGUGAAGAAGUGGAAGGAGAUGACGAGCUGCAGACGUAUGAAUCUGCAUCCGGCAACAGUGAGAGUGAGGACGAGAAGGAGUGCGAGAGAGAUCGAGCAGAAUCAGUGGCACGAAGAAGACAUAGGCAGAGGGCACUAAGAGAGAGCCAGCCAACCAGAGUCCCUCCAAGGGGCAGGCCUUCCAGCUCUACACUCAGUCUCCGCUCACGUAGUCCUGAUGGGCAGUGCACUGUGACAGAAGUGUGACUGGAACAUUUGAAAAGUUCUCAAACUCUCCUCAGUUCAGCAAAAAAGUUUAAAAACCAGUAUGCAUCUUUAAAAUAUCCCAUGGAAGGAGCAAUACCUUUUGAAUGUGUGGUUACCUGUGUCACUGGGUGGAUAUUAACCUGUUGACUGAUGUGCCAAACAUCCUGAAAUUAUUGUUGGAAUAAUUAAAAUUCUCCCUCAACUUUAAUGUAAACUUCAUUCUGUCGGUGGCCCUGUGUCUGUUGAGCUGUGUUCAGACCAAACUCAUGAGAAUAUAGAGAGUAGUAAAAGCGAGAAGAAGGAUUACAGACACAGCAAAUUAACAUUUUUACAUAGACGUUAAAUGAAAUUGCUACGUGUAGGAUAAUGUAAUAGCUAACAUCAUCAUAACACCUCUGAUAUGGGUUGAUCUCUCAUGUUACCUUUGUUGUACUCCUCUCUCAUAUGAGCAGAAACAACUAAAACCUUAGAAAGGAAUAUAAUUUUUUUUAAGGUCAUUGUUAUAGUCGUAAACAGCUUUCAGUCUGCAGUUCAUAGCUCAGUGGUGGUUAUGCAACAACAGGCUUGUUCCUAAAACAAAAAAGUGAGGUGCUUUAGAAAGCUAUCCAGUCUAUGAACCACCAUAAGCUCACUGCCUUAUGAUGUGACAGCGCAAUGCAGCCCCUUUGAAAUUCAAUGAUUCUCUAUUUACCAAUUUUAUGAGCUCAUUGUUAAUGCGGCUGAUUUAUGUAUAUCUAAAUGUUUUUUCCUCUUUUCUCCAUUUUUAGAGUGAUGGUAUAAAAAAUCAAGCCUAAAAUGUAGCACAAGUUACAGAGGAUUGAAACUGCUUACUUGCUGUGAUGAUUAGGUUUUUUUUAAAGCUUAAUUGGGAUCUAAUUAUUAGCUAUUUAAAUUUGAGUUUGUGUGUAUAUAUGUGUGUGUGUGCGUGUGUAAGAGGAGGGAGGCCAUGUUUCCCCCUGGUUUAGUGUGAUAGUCUUAUUUAAUAAUGAUGUGUUUUUUCUUUUGUUGUGAGCACUGUUGGGUGUUGAAAAGGUAUUGGCAGAACCACUGGAAAGUGUUGGGUUAUAUAUGUAGAGAGACACAUUUGGAUUUCUAUUUCUUGUCAUAGGGCUACUAUCAAAGCUUUGGCAUUGACGUGUACUUGAAUGAGCUCACACUGUCCUCACAAGCUCUGUCACCCUUACGCCUUCCCUCCCCCUUGGGCUGUUCUUACUUCAGCUUUUAACUUUUCGCUGUACCUGUCUUACUGAAGUCUGAAUGUUUUCCCUGUGGUGUUUUUGUCAAGUUAUUAAAAUUGUUUAUCUGCGAUUUAAAAUCA